AGGUUUUUGUUUCAAAACCCAGAUGGUGAAAUGCCCUUCUCUGUCAAACGAAUCCAUCUCUUCUCCUCCUCUCGCUUAGCAGCUCACCAUCGACUCACUCUUUUCAAUCGAAUCCUGCACAAGUUCCGCUACAUCCAAUUAUGGGUCCCACUAUCCUCCUCCAUGGAGGCAUCCCUUCGUUUUCUCCAGCAGCUCAGCAAUCCUCAAUUACCCUUUUGACAGCUCUUCAGGGUUUGCCUGUUUUGGAGCUCGCUUCAAUUCUCAUCAAUUUGGUGCUCUUUGUUGGGUUCCUCUGCAUCCUCUUAGCUCGCCGGGUGUUUGGUUGUCUGAGUCGGAUUAGAAUCCUCAAGGAUGAUUCGGAUUUGAAUUCGAGCUCAAUUCGGCGUAAUAGUGCUGUGGAUGGAGGAACUCGUGAGGUUAGAGUUGGAAGAGACUUCAAAUUUUCGGUCUUUUGUUGCUUCUAUGUGUUGUUUGUGCAAGUUUUGGUGUUGGGUUUUGAUGGGGUUGGUCUGAUAAGGGAGAGAAGUAAUGGGAAUGUUGUGGAUUGGUCUGUGAUAGUCUUGCCUGCUGCACAAGCUUUGGCUUCGUUCGUGCUGAGCUUUUCGGCUCUGCAUUGUAAGUUCAAGGCAUGUGAGAAAUUCCCACUGCUUUUGAGGGUCUGGUGGUCUGUGUCAUUUCUGAUUUGCUUGUGCACUUUAUAUGUUGAUGGGAGAGCUUUUGCAAUUGAAGGAUCGAAACACAUGAGUUCUCAUGUUGUGGCAAAUCUCGCUGUGACACCGGCCCUAGCGUUUCUUUGUUUCGUUGCCUGUAGGGGUGUUACUGGUAUUCAAGUUUCUGGACCAUCUGAUCUUCAAGAGCCAUUGCUUGAAGAAGAAGCAGGGUGUCUUAAGGUUAGCCCUUAUCAUGAUGCCGGGCUUUUCAGCUUAGCCACACUGUCUUGGAUGAACCCGCUUCUUUCAAUUGGGGCAAAAAGACCGCUUGAGAUCAAGGACAUUCCACUUCUUGCACCACAAGAUCGAGCCAAAACUAAUUAUAAGAUCUUGAAUUCAAAUUGGGAGAAAGUGAAGGCUGAAAACCGUUCAGGACAGCCUUCUUUAGCCUGGGCAAUUCUCAGGUCCUUUUGGAAGGAGGGAGCUUGUAAUGCUGUAUUUGCUGGAUUAAAUACUCUUGUUUCAUAUGUGGGUCCGUUUAUGAUUAGCUAUUUUGUUGAUUAUUUGGGGGGGAUAGAGACUUUCCCUCAUGAAGGGUAUAUUCUUGCCGGUACUUUCUUUGCAGCAAAGCUUGUUGAGACCUUAACAACCCGGCAGUGGUAUCUUGGGGUAGACAUUUUGGGUAUGCAUGUAAGAUCAGCUCUAACGGCAAUGGUAUACCGAAAGGGACUCAGACUUUCCAGCUCGGCCAAGCAGAGUCACACUAGUGGAGAGAUUGUUAACUACAUGGCUGUUGAUGUGCAAAGGAUAGGGGACUACUCUUGGUAUCUCCAGGACAUGUGGAUGCUUCCCAUGCAAAUCAUUCUCGCCCUUGCAAUUUUGUACAAGAAUGUUGGAAUCGCUUCUGUUGCAACCUUGAUUGCCACCAUUAUCUCCAUUGUUCUUACUGUUCCUGUGGCAAAGAUACAAGAAGAAUAUCAAGACAAGUUGAUGACUGCCAAGGAUGAAAGAAUGAGGAAGACUUCAGAGUGCCUGCGAAACAUGAGGAUUCUCAAGUUGCAAGCUUGGGAGGACCGGUACCGAUUGAAGUUAGAGGAGAUGCGUGGUGUGGAGUUCAAGUGGCUACGCAAAGCUCUCUACUCUCAAGCUUUUAUUACAUUCAUGUUCUGGAGCUCUCCUAUAUUUGUUUCAGCCGUAACUUUUGGUACCUCUAUAUUCUUGGGUCACCAGCUGACUGCAGGUGGUGUGCUUUCUGCUCUAGCCACUUUCAGGAUACUCCAAGAACCACUCAGGAAUUUCCCUGACCUUGUAUCAAUGAUGGCACAGACAAAAGUUUCCCUUGAUCGAAUUUCUGGAUUCCUGCAGGAGGAAGAGUUGCAGGAGGACGCAACAAUAGUCCUGCCACGAGGCAUCUCAACCACGUCAAUAGAAAUUGAAGAUGGUGUCUUUUGCUGGGACCCUUCCUCUCCCAGGCCAACAUUAUCAGGAAUACAGAUGAAAGUGGAAAGAGGGAUGCGUGUGGCUGUUUGUGGAAUGGUUGGGGCUGGCAAGUCAAGCUUUCUCUCUUGCAUCCUUGGUGAGAUCCCGAAAAUCUCCGGUGAAGUAAGGCUAUGUGGUACUGCUGCCUAUGUUCCUCAGUCAGCAUGGAUACAGUCUGGAAAUAUUGAAGAAAAUAUUCUUUUUGGUAGCCCAAUGGAUAAACCAAAGUACAAGAAGGUUAUCCAUGCUUGUUCACUGAAAAAGGAUUUGGAACUUUUCUCACAUGGAGACCAGACCAUAAUCGGUGAUAGGGGUAUAAAUCUGAGUGGUGGCCAGAAGCAACGUGUGCAGCUUGCAAGGGCACUGUAUCAAGAUGCUGACAUUUAUUUACUUGAUGACCCCUUUAGUGCAGUUGAUGCACACACUGGGUCAGAGUUGUUUAAGGAAUACAUAUUGACAGCAUUAGAAGAUAAAACUGUGGUCUUUGUGACCCAUCAAGUUGAAUUUCUGCCUGCUGCUGAUUUGAUACUGGUUCUUAAAGGAGGGCGCAUCAUACAGGCAGGAAAAUAUGAUGAUCUUUUACAGGCAGGAACUGAUUUCAAAUCACUAGUCUCAGCUCACCAUGAAGCAAUUGAAGCUAUGGAUAUUCCCAAUAACUCAUCGGGAGAUUCAGAUCAAAGCUUGUGUCUGGAUACUGGGCUCCGAAAAAAUUGUGAUAAACCUAGCAGUAGUGUUGACUGUUUGGCAAAGGAAGUGCAAGAAGGUGUGUCAGCUUCAGAGCAGAAAGCAAUUAAAGAGAAAAAGAAAGCAAAGCGCUCAAGAAAAAAGCAGCUUGUCCAAGAAGAGGAAAGGGUAAGAGGAAGGGUCAGCAUGAAGGUCUACUUUUCGUAUAUGGCUGCAGCAUAUAAAGGAUUGCUGAUUCCACCAAUAAUCAUUGCACAAACAGUAUUUCAGUUUCUUCAAAUUGCUAGUAGUUGGUGGAUGGCUUGGGCAAAUCCCCAAACAGAAGGAGAUCAACCGAAAGUGAGUUCGAUGGUCCUUCUUUGUGUUUACAUGGCCCUUGCAUUCGGAAGCUCUUGGUUUAUAUUUGUUAGGGCUGUUUUGGUAGCUACGUUUGGUCUAGCAGCUGCUCAGAAAUUGUUUGUGAAGAUGCUUAGAAGUGUGUUCCGGGCACCAAUGUCUUUCUUUGACUCUACUCCUGCUGGACGGAUCUUGAAUCGUGUAUCAAUUGAUCAAAGUGUGGUGGAUCUUGAUAUUCCUUUUAGACUUGGUGGGUUCGCUUCAACGACAAUACAACUUAUUGGUAUUGUUGGUGUGAUGACAACAGUUACCUGGCAAGUUUUGCUGCUUGUUAUUCCUAUGGCCAUUGCUUGUUUGUGGAUGCAGAAAUACUACAUGGCUUCAUCAAGGGAACUGGUCCGAAUUGUUAGCAUCCAGAAGUCUCCAAUUAUCCAUCUUUUUGGCGAGUCAAUUGCUGGAGCUGCCACUAUAAGAGGAUUUGGACAAGAAAAAAGGUUCAUGAAGAGGAACCUUUAUCUUCUUGAUUGUUUCGCUCGCCCUUUCUUCUGCAGUAUUGCAGCUAUUGAAUGGCUCUGUCUGCGCAUGGAAUUACUCUCAACUUUUGUAUUUGCUUUCUGCAUGAUUCUACUUGUGAGCUUUCCACAUGGGAGUAUCGAUCCAAGCAUGGCUGGCCUCGCUGUCACAUAUGGUCUGAAUUUAAAUGCACGCCUAUCACGAUGGAUACUUAGCUUUUGCAAGCUUGAAAACAAAAUUAUUUCUAUUGAAAGGAUAUAUCAGUACAGUCAAAUCCCAAGUGAAGCUCCAUCCGUUAUUGAGGAUUCUCAACCUCCAUCUACAUGGCCAGAGAAUGGAGCAAUUGACAUAAUUGAUUUAAAGGUUCGCUACAAGGAAAAUCUUCCUGUUGUCCUUCAUGGGGUUACUUGUAGUUUUCCCGGUGGAAAGAAUAUUGGAAUUGUUGGGCGUACUGGAAGUGGUAAAUCUACUUUGAUCCAGGCAUUAUUUCGACUAAUUGAACCAUCAGCUGGGAGGAUCCUUAUAGACAAUGUUGAUAUUUCGACAAUUGGUCUUCAUGAUCUCCGAAGUCGUCUCAGUAUCAUACCCCAGGAUCCUACCUUAUUUGAAGGGACCAUUAGGCUCAAUCUUGAUCCCCUUGAAGAGCAUUUGGAUCAUGAAAUUUGGCAGGCACUUGACAAGUCUCAGCUUGGAGACAUAAUCCGUGAAAAGGAGCAAAAGCUUGAUGCACCAGUACUGGAAAAUGGAGAUAAUUGGAGUGUGGGUCAGCGGCAACUGGUUUCUCUUGGAAGAGCAUUGCUUAAGCAGGCAAAAAUAUUGGUGCUUGAUGAAGCAACAGCAUCGGUUGAUACAGCUACAGACAAUCUUAUCCAGAAAAUUAUUCGAACAGAGUUUAAGAACUGUACUGUGUGCACGAUUGCACAUCGUAUCCCAACCGUCAUUGAUAGUGAUCUAGUGCUGGUACUCAGUGAUGGUCGAGUGGCAGAGUUUGAUACUCCUAUACGACUAUUAGAAGAUAAGUCAUCCAUGUUUCUAAAAUUGGUGACAGAGUAUUCAUCUAGGUCGAGUGGCAUACCAGAAUUUUGAUUCGGAUGUCAUGGCCGAUAACCUUUGAUUCAAAGGCAGCAGCAAGAGCAGAUGAUACAAAACAAGACAGUUGAUGCCGCGUUCCUUGCUGGUGCUGCUGCAUUCGGAAAGUUGAAAGAGAAAUGGGAAAGGACAAAGGUGCGUGCCGUUUUAUCAAUCCAAACCCCCAUUUGAGGAAAGCUGUUUCUAAGUCAUCCCCAAGCCAAAUCCGGGAAUUCUUUCACGGUCGUCAGACAAAUAAGUUGGGUUGGUGAGAGCUGUAAUAAAAUACGCAGAAGAGGCAACGACAGGAGUAGAUUUGUGCUUAAUCAUGUUCAAUAAUGUAGUUUAGAUUGAAGCAGUAGGUCCAAUUAUUCAGUUAGGGAAUAGGUGCAGCUGGGUUAGUCAAUGUUUUUGGUCUCAAGGGAAGAUGGGUCAAUGUUUGUUCCACAAUUUUUGAUAUCAAAAGAACAGUCCUAAUGCUAGAAACUUAAGCCCAUAUUUUUGUUCUUGUUUCUUCACAUACUAUGUUUUGAUACAUGACACUGGCUAUGGAUCAUGAUGUGGUCAAAAGAUUACAUGUUCAAAUUAAAUAAAUUGUUGACAUUAUCAA